CGCAGGCAUCGCUCACGUUCUCGUGAACGCGGCAGGGAUCGCAGAUCUCGGUCUCGCUCUCGUUCAAAAAGCAAGCGAGUUAGUGGAUUUGACCUGGGACCAACAUCAGCGCAAGCUGUAGUUCCUCAGUUUCCUACUAUUCCAGCCCCAAGUAUGCUCUUAUCAACUAAGUUUUUAUUCCUUUGAUUAUUGCAGUUUUAUUUAGUUUAUUUGGGUACUUCACAAAUUUUCUUGUCUUGAGAUUGGUAAGUGUGUUUCAUGUGUAUUCUUAAAAGGAAUUAUAGCUGUCGCUGAAUGAAUUUUGGCCGUUUAUUGACAACCUGGCCAACCAUUAUUUUCCACCUCAUUAUUCUACAGUACUACUAGCUAUAGGCUCCUAACAUAUAACCAGUCAAACUUAUCAUUGUUGAGCACCAUGCUUUGCAAUUCUUGUCAGAGCACUUCUACUAUAGGCACUGUUGGACAUAUUGUUGUUGGACAUAUUGUUGUAAGUGCCAUAUUAGUAUAUUUCCAAGCACCUUAACAUAGGAAGUACAAAGACUGUUAAUUGUUAAACAUGCUUAGUGGGAUCUACCUUGAACCAUCCCCCAAUAAGGUGAGAAGAAAGGAUAUGGUAAUUUUUGUUAUAGUCACAACACCAUACGAGGUACCUGGAGAGGCAGUGGUGAUAUAGGAGGGAGAAAGUAACAUCCAACACAUUCUUUUUCUCCGUAAGCACCUGCUGAGCACCCAUCCAUCUAAGACCCCCCUUACACGUGUUAUUAGUAUCUUCUGAUACAAAUAAGUUGUAAGUUUCCAUUUUAUUAUUAUACUUGUAACUGAAAACUGAGCAAAACUUUUUUGCUUUUGUUCUUUUGUUGUUUGUCUGUUUUGUGUAUGUGUAUGUUAAGAAGGCAAUCUUGGGUCACUUGCCCCACUGCUGCCGAUGGAAUGCACGGCCUACUGUAGCUUUAAUGUACAAGGAGGAAUCAGUACUCUGGUUUGAUAUCGUCUUGUCCAUCUUCAGCUAGCAAGUAUUACAGAUUGCUAGCUUCAUGAUUAUUACACUUGUGCUUGUGAACUUGUUAUUCUUUUGGCUUGAAAUACUGCACAGCUGGGUCCAUUUGAGAUCCAGACUGAUGGUCAGUUACCGGGCUCUUCUAUUCCUGGAAUGUUUCCAAACAUGCUCCCUUUUGCUGUUGGACAGUUCAAUCCCCUUGUCAUGCAGCCGCAAGCAAUGACUCAACAGCAUAUUUUUCCUCAGGCUACUCGGCAUGCUCGACGUGUUUAUGUUGGUGGCCUUCCUCCAACUGCCAAUGAACAGUCUGUUGCAAUAUAUUUUAAUCAAGUUAUGGCUGCUAUUGGAGGCAACACUGCUGGUCCAGGUGAUGCUGUUCUUAACGUCUACAUAAACCAUGACAAGAAAUUUGCUUUUGUGGAAAUGAGGUCUGUGGAGGAAGCAAGCAACGCAAUGGCCCUCGACGGCAUUUUGUUUGAAGGCGCACCAGUGAAGGUUAGAAGACCAACAGAUUAUAACCCUUCUCUUGCAUCUGCCCUGGGCCCAAGCCAGCCAAGCUCGAAUCUGAACCUUGCUGCAGUUGGCCUAACACCAGGCUCAGCUGGAGGGUUAGAAGGCCCGGACCGUAUUUUUGUUGGUGGCCUUCCCUAUUACUUCACAGAGGCUCAAGUCCGGGAGUUGCUUGAAUCCUUUGGGUCUCUUCGAGGAUUUGAUCUCGUGAAGGAUAGGGAAACUGGUAACUCAAAGGGCUAUGCGUUCUGUGUUUACCAGGACCUCAAUGUCACUGACAUAGCCUGCGCUGCUCUAAAUGGUAUCAAGAUGGGAGACAAAACUCUCACUGUCAGACGAGCAAACCAGGGCUCAGCCCAGCCUAGACCAGAGCAGGAAAAUAUCCUGUUGCAGGCACAGCAACAGGUGCAACUACAGAAACUUGUGUAUCAAGUUGGAGCGCUUCCUACAAAGGUUAUAUGCCUGACCCAGGUUGUUACAGCUGAUGAAUUAAAAGAUGAUGAAGAAUAUGAGGACAUUAUGGAGGACAUGAGGUUGGAAGCUGGGAAAUAUGGUACCUUGGUGAAAGUUGUCAUCCCACGGCCUCAUCCCAGUGGAGAGCCAGUCGCGGGAGUUGGAAAGGUGUUCUUGGAGUACGCAGAUGUCGACGGCUCCACCAAAGCAAAGACGGCGAUGCACGGAAGAAAAUUCGGUGGGAACCCGGUGGUUGCGGUCUUUUACCCUGAGAAUAAGUUCUCUGAUGAGGAGUUUGAUGCAUAAAUUAUCUCGUCACCAAUGACAACAGUGUUUCCGUGGUUUGUUCUGUUUACAUCAGGAUUUUUGUUCCUCCCAAGUCGAACAUUGUAGCACUGGGUCGCAGAGCUGCUAUUUAUUAAGAUUGUAUGAUAGGUAACCAAAAAGUUGGUGUAAUUUUCUUGGCCGCUACUUAUAGCUUGGAUAUUUUUUGUUGCUAACUCUACCUUUAGCUUGUACCUGGCAAAUGACUUAAAAGAGUUAUCUUUAUUUAGCUGCUC